GAGAGCCAGGAGCCAAGGAGUACAGGCCAGCAUCACAAGAUAAUACAAAAAGAAAACAGAGGUAUACUGGACUUCUGAAAAAAAAAUUGUUCCGACAGCAGACACUCCCGGGACGUUGCCAGUAAAAUUGAAUUACCAACCAAGGGAAAUAAUUCACGGAUAAUGUGGCACCUAAAUAUUGCUCUGUUGGUGCUGUUUGUUGUCGUUGAGGGUGUCCAACAUUUUAUAAAGAAACCUCAAGAUGCUAAGGUGGUUCAGGGAUUAACAGCUGAAUUGGAAUGUGUAAUUGGUGAUAGAAAAGGGGCAGUACAGUGGACAAAAGAUGGAUUUUCUUUAGGAUUCAAUAGCAAAAUUCCAGGACUUGACAGAUAUCGCAUCGUAUCUGAUCGGCGAAAUGAAUUUAAUUUGAGAAUUACAAGUGUUAAGCUAGAAGAUGAUGCUGUUUAUGAGUGUCAGGUCCUGCCAAAAGAUGGAGAUGGAAGAUUACAGGCCCGAGCCACACUAACUGUUUUAGUUCCUCCUGAGGCUCCCAGAAUUAUAGAUUAUAAUAAUGGUUCAACAUUAGAGGUGCCUUACUCACAACAAACCCUUGAACUGACAUGUGAGGCUAGGCUAGGUAGACCUGCAGCAACUAUUCUAUGGUACAAGGAUGAUAUACUGGAGACAUCAUAUGUUAGUUAUGGUGUAAUAGAAAUCCCAGAUGACAAGCGAGAAACAGCAACUAGUACAAUAAGAAUACCAUUAACAUCAAACAAUCGAGAAAAACUCAAUGGUGCUACUUAUCAAUGUGAAGCAAACAAUAGUGCAAUCAUUGGACAGAGACCUUCUACAACAGUCCAUCUCAACAUCCUUUAUCCAAUAAAUAGAAUUGAGAUAAGUGGAUACAACAACAGAGUUGUCACUGUUAAUGAAACAUUGGUCUUCACCUGCAUCUCUUAUGGAGGCAAUCCUCUGGGCCAGAUAACCUGGUAUAGAAAUGAUGUGGUUGUACAGCACAAUAACACAUCUGAACACAGCAAAAUUACUAAUGUUUAUACUUUUAAAGUGAGGACUUCUGACAACAACGCUGUCUACCAAUGCAGAGCAUAUAAUUUAGACAAGGAAAAGCCACUGAUUGCUGAGUAUAAACUCAAAGUUCAAUUCCCUCCAACCAGUGUUAGAAUAUCUGGUGCUAAUCGACCAGCCAGGUCAAGGGAAAGGGUAACAUUAACCUGUGAAUCAUCUAAUGCCAAUCCUACUGCAACUAUCACUUGGUAUGGUAAAAAUAUCUUGAUACCACGCAGUGAAGUUGUGGAGCUAUAUUACAACUCCUCAAAUGGUGGUCAGAUAACAAGAUCUGAGAUCAAUGUCACAGUAGAUGUUCAUGAUCAUGGCAGUGAAUAUACAUGUAUUGCAUCAAAUGCUGUUUUUAAUAUGACUGCAUCAGCUACAACAACUCUUAAUGUACUCUAUCCUCCCCCACAAGCUCCAAUAAUUACUCAAUAUACAGAAAAUACACCAAUACGGGAAGGUGCAAUUCAGAAAUUAGGCUGUAAUUCUUAUGGUGGAAAUCCUCUUUCUGAGCUUUAUUGGUAUAAAGGCACCAGGACAAUCAGUGGGGCUGAUUACAAAACAUAUUACAACAUAGCAUCUUGUGAUAUAAUCAUCAUAGCCAAAGCUGAUGACAAUAAUUCUGUUUAUAAAUGCAAGGCUGUUAACGUGGCUCUCAACAUAACACAGUCAGCCAGCAUCACUCUAACAGUCCAUUUUGCCCCUGCCCAGGUAACCAUUGCCAUGAAUCCAACCCAGCCUAAAGCUGGCCUGCCACUACAUCUCACGUGCACAAGUUCUUCCAGUAAUCCACCUGCAGAAAUUGUUUGGAGUAAAAAUGGACGCAGAAUUACUGGAGAAAAUUUAGUUACCUCAGAUGCUGAAAAUGGUGGUAAAAAAACCAGCUAUAGUCUAAAAAUUGAACCAACUUCAAGAGAUCAUAAUGCUGAGUAUCAAUGUAGAGCAACAAAUAAAGAUCUUGAUCGCAGUGUUUCUAAUGCAGUAACACUAAAUGUACUAUUCAAGCCUGAAUUUGACACCAACACACUGCUGAAAACAUAUGAUCCCAAGCUGGGUGAUGAUAUAAAGAUAAACUUCACAGCUUAUGCCAAUCCUGCAGAUGUAACUUAUGUUGUGUACAAAGAUGGUGUGCCACGUUCUUUGUCCUCACGCUUUCAAAUGGAAAAGGGAUUAUUUAAUAUUUCUAAUUUGAAUAAGGAUGAUAAGGGAAACUACAUGGUGAAAGGAAGUAAUUCUAUUGGAUUUUCUGUGUUCAACUUCACAUUGAAUGUCAAAUAUCCUGCUGAAAUAGGCCCUGUUAAGAAUCUGUGGUAUGCGGAUGAGGGUACUGAAUUCACUUUAUAUUGCCCAGUAUCUGCCAACCCGAUAAUACCAAACAUUAUCACAUGGUCUAGAGAGAAUUUUGAAAUGAGCAGGACACGGUCACGAUUUGAAAUAAAAAAUAGCACAUCAUACUUAACUAUCCCUGACCUCACACGGCAAGACAGUGGAACAUUUAGAUGCACAGCUGAUAACAGGAUUGGCCCACCUGUACACAAAGAUAUAAAACUCCUGAUCAACUUUGCUCCAGUCAUUGAUCCAUCUCUUGAGUUCAGCAAAUCUGCCGGUGAUAAGGGGAGUGUUGUAAAUCUCAAGUGUCGAAUACAAGGAGUUCCUGAUGUCUCUGUAACUUGGUCUAGGAACAAUAACCCAAUAUUAGCAGAUAGCAAAUAUAAGCUUAAACUUGAAAAGUCUAAGAUGGUGAACUAUGAAAGCACACUUCAGAUAAGAGAUUUGAAGACUGAAGACUAUGGUGCUUAUGUGUGUACAGCAACAAACAGUAAAGGCAGUAUCUCACACAGUGUCACACUGGCAGAAACUAGCAGGCCUUACCCACCAUACAAUAUAGAGUUCAACAACGCUACAUCUAACAGCAUCACAAUAUCUUGGAAGCCAAGUUUCAACGGGGGGCUGCCCCAGUCUUUUAGGGUCAGAUAUAAGCCUGUAGAUGCAAGAGGUUAUGUUUAUGUUGAUGUGCGUCCCUAUGGAGCCACUACAUAUAAGAUCAAAGGUCUUGAACUUGGUACAGAGUAUGAGUUGACAGUAUUGGCAUUCAAUGAUAGAGGAGAGAGUUCUUACCAAGAAAGAGGCAUCACAGCACGUACAUCAGAUGUGGUAACUCCAGCAGACAUUUCAACAUCUGAACUACAAGGAACAGAUGAGAUACCUGUCAUCAUUAUACUAGUUGUCUGUAUUGUGGGUGUCUUUAUCCUUACUCUUAAUGUUGGACUCAUUUUAUUUUUUAUUCGGAGGAGGAAGAAAAGAUUAGAAGCUACUAGUGAUACAGCAAGCCAUGCUAAUGCGUUUGAGCUGUACAAUAGUACUCAUAAGGUGCCUCAUCCUUAUCCACCUCCAUCAGAUGACACACGAAGUUAUGGCACCUAUGAUAAAAGCAUGGAUGACUUUUCUGAUGACUAUAUCAGAGAUUAUGAUCGUGAGUGUGAAACACACGUCUUUUUGCCUCAACAGCCAGACUAUCCUGGGUCAAGGCCAUACAGUCCUCAGAAAAUAGAAUCUCCCAGGUUGGGGAGUGGACAUAAAAUUGCUUAUAUUAUUGAGGAUCACCCUGGAAGAAAUUCUCCUUGGAAUGAAGAUCCUUAUCAAGUUGCUCAUCCACGACUCAAGAAAGGAUAUGAUGAUGGACUUUCAAAUGGAGAUAUUUAUGAAUAUAAAGCUGUAAGGAGCAAGGGAAUGAGUGAAUUUUCAGAUCGAUUUCCCAGUCGUCCAUCAAGUAGAUCGGGUAAGACUCCCCCUCCACCCCCCACACGUUCCUCCAGUCGAGGAGGAUUUAAUAAUGGUGAAAUGAUGCCUCCUCUCCCAGCACGAAAUUAUGAACCUCAGGAAAUCUCCCCACAACCUCGAUAUGGCCCAUUGCCAGGGUCUUCAAUGAUGUCAGGUAACAUUGUACCCAACCCAAGUUAUAAUGGCCCCAUUAUGAACCAAAGAACACCUUCCCCUCAUUCAUCUUCAUCACACAAUACACUCCCAGUUGGUGCAGAAUUUAGAGGACACCUUGUUUGAUUAGCAUAUUUAGAAAUGUAUUUAUCAGUUGAAAUUACCAUGUGACUUAAUUGUACAUCAUUUUGAUAUGUCUUACCAAUGCUUCCAUUUAAUGAAUGUAAAUUACUUAGAUCAAAUGUAUUUAUGAACAUAGUACUGUUGUUAGAUAUUACACAAUGUUCCACCAAUCUUUUGUUGUAUUUGAUCAAAUGUGCAUCAGAUGUUAUGUCUAGUAGACAAUAUUUUAUUUCUACUAUUUUAUUUAAUAUUAUACUAUUGUAUAUUUCUGAUGCAUAGUGUUUUGAAGCUUUUAUACUUUGAGUUAAUGUUUUCAUAAUCAUUAAAACAACAGUUUAUAAUUUAAAUAUGUUAUAUAAAUAUGUUUAUAUAAAAUAGAUUAAUAUAAAACUAAUUAAAAAACCCAAACUUUGAAUUAGUUUUUGUACCAUUGUUAUUUAAGAUUAUUUUAACCCCUUUUGUCUCAGUAUCCUAUUCUAAUCAAACAACAAUGAAGUAUCAUCAUGACUACAGUUGUUUAAAUAUAUUCUAAUGAUGCUUAUGAGUUCAAUUUUUUUAAUGUAUAGGUUGAUAAGCAGAACUUUGCAAUAAAGUCAAGCUUAACAAAAAUAUAUAUAUUUUAAAUGUCUAGACAUUUAAUGUUAAUAUUAUUGAAAAAAUCAAAAUAGCAACCUAUAUUUUUAUUUAUUGAGCAAAUAUGUCGUUAUAUAUUAAAGCUAUCAAUUAAAUAAUUAAAAGUUUCAAAUAUAAGCUGCAACUAGAAGAAAAUUUAUUAUAAACCCAUUAACACAAUGUAUUUGAACUCCAACACAACACAAUAUAAAUGGAAGCAACCUUUUAUUUCUAGAAAUUUGACACCACACUAUGGCAAAAAGGCAGAUCUAGAAUUAUUGAUGGUAUUUUGGGUUAACCAUUUCUGUAACAUGUACAUUUUGUAACCACCACUGUUAUCUUAAUAGAAGUAGAACUUUUCUAACACACUUAGUUUUUUAAUCUGGAGCAUGCUCGCAUAUUUUAAACAGUGUAGACCCACUUGAUAUGAAUUUACAACAGGUUUUAUGUUAUUAGAGAAUAUGUUGAACAAUACACAGCAUAGCAACAAUGUUAACUGCAAGUGCUUCCAUUAUGUCUCAAUUUAAACUGUUCUCCACAAUCUUCAUAUACAUUUUAGUGUUUUAUUUGUUGGUGAUUAUUUUACUUUCACACUGUUAUCUGUAAAGGUGGAUACCUCAGCAUAAAUAGCUAGUUUAUAAAAUUGGUAGAAUAAGCAUGUAUUUUCUCUACAUAAUUCAUUACUUAGACAUGGUUGUGAGAUGACUGGUAGUAAACCUUUGACAGGUUGUGAUGUUCAAUUUUGUAAAAAUAUAAGUUGUAACAUAAGAUAUUUAUAUUCAAACAUUAUUGAUCUAAAUCACUUCAAUCUAUGCAUCCCGUAUUUUAUGCAUAUUAAACAUGAAAUGUGUAACACAUUCAUCUCAUUAUUUUGGAUAGAAAGUGAUUUGUGAUUUUAAAUGAAUGUUUGUUAUUAUGUAUAGUAGUUAACUGAUGAGACAUGUUUGAUUUAGGUUUGCGUUUUCACAACUUGUAGGAUUUCUACUCCUAUGAGUUACCAUAACUUCACAAAGCUAAGUGUUUUUUAUUUACUUUAUUAUUAUGGAAAGCUAAGUAAAUUUACAGACAAAGAAGAAUCUGCUUUUUAAAAAAGAAAUAGCUUACGUCCCACAGAAUUGUAAAAUCUGAAGUUUUUGACUGUCCAUCAUACUAGACUAAAAUGAAUUUUUUUUUUCGUUUGUCUAGUAACAUACAUUCAAGCAUAAAAAUCUAUAUUCAUUUUUAUUUAUAAUGAUGUUUAUAAAACCUUUUAAUUUGUCUCCCAUUCAGCAAAUCAGCAAUCUAAUUAUUUAAAUCACUUGUAUGACUAUGAAGUGCUCUGUUGUGACAUAAUGGGAGUUAUCUUAGACAAUAAUUUUAAGUUUUGAUAGACCAUAACAGUAGUACAAGUGGCCACUCAAUAAAGCAUGACAUCUUAAAGGUAUGUUGAUACAAAAGCUGCACCUUGCUUUUUUUUUUGUACAUAAAAUAAAUAAAAUAAGAUGAAUUGUAUAUAUAUUAUUCAAUUUUUCAAUUGUAUUCCUAAGUACUCACAAAGUUUAGACUAGAAGUACUUUUUAUUUUCAACCAUUAAUUAAGCUUACUAUUACAGUGAAGUUUAGCAUUUUUAAUGUUAUUAAAUUGGUAAAAGCCUUUUUCAAAUGUGGUGAUUCCUGUCUAUAUUAUUUGAUUUUUUAUUAAUAGUGCAGUUGGUUUUUGAAAGCUGGUUUAAAUUUUGCCUAAAUCAAACAAUGUAUACAUUUUAAAUUGAACAAUAACCAAAUAAGAUCUUGGAAUAAAUAUCUUGUGUUGAAUAACUGUGAUUACAUUAUUUAAAAAAGUCCACCAUUUUAUAAAUAAGUUUGUUUCCUAAUUACUUUUAUAAUGGUGGGCUAUUGAUUUUUCUGAUGGAAUUUUUCUUGUUACUAAAUUAUUAAUUGAAUAUAAAUCUGUACAAUAUUAGACUAGAAGUGAAAUAUAAAUACUGUCUGGUAGCUAGCAUGUCUAUCAAAUUGAUUGAGAUUACAAGUUGUGUGUGUGUGUAUAAAUAAUACUGGAGUGGUGUAUAUUCAUUUUUAAUUUUAAAGUCGAGUUGUAUGCUGCAUUUCAAAAUAUAUUCAGGUUUAUUUCCUAUUUUCUGAUUUGCGCAUACCAUUAGAUAUUAAGUUCAUAGUGUAAUGCAACUGUCUCACAAAAUAUGAGUAGUAGUAGGCUAUUUGUUAUAAAAUGUGUACAACGCUGGUUUUCAUUUUGAAAGAUACAAAAUGUAAUAUUUCUAGACUGUUUACCUGCUAAAUCUUAUUAUAAAACUUCUGUUAGGAAAAUGUAUAUAUGUAUCUAUGUUAUCAUCAAUUACUAAAUGUUAUUUCUGCACCAUUUGUCAUUAUAAUAAAGUGAAAGAUUGAACCAAACAUGGAACUAACAGAACUUAUUUACAAAUUUAAUAAAUGUAAUAAAAUGUAGUUACCAUAAAGUGCACACAACUAAAGCACUUAGAACACACCAAAAUGAAUGUUUAUUUAUGGAUUAUUUUUUAUAAAACUGAGUUAUAUAUGCCAUCAAAGUUGGACAAAAAAAUCACUCAGCUAACUAUUGUAUUGCUGUAUUUACUAAUAGGAUUAAGAAAGCUUGAUGGGAUACGGUUUGUUUGUUUUCAAAAAUGUCCAUGGAAUACUGUUUAUCAGGUAUUCAACUAACAAUAGAAGAACACAAGGUUUUUUUUAAAACUACUAGGAUUAGAAGUAUUCAAAUAUAACUUGUGGUGUCGAUAUUAUGUUCAUACACAUCACAUUAUUUAUGACUUUACAAUUGUAAGGGGUAAUAUUUUUGCUUUCUUUAUCAUUUGAAAGGCUGAACAAUUAACUUAUUAAUUUGAAAUUUCUGGCUUACACAAUACUCACAAUCAUUUUAAAAUUGUAGAAAAAAAAGAGCAAUCUAUCUAUACAUAUAAUUCUCUACGUGGGAUCAUGCAGGACACCACUACCUCGUACACCUGCCCUCCUCCCUAGCUCUCCAGACCAUAUCAUUACCACCCGUCAGGAGAGCUGUGGAUCAUACCGAAUGUUUACAAUCGUAGAGCUGGGUCGAAUUAGUGACGGCUGUUGGGGGCAGAUAAUUUAGUUUUUAAAUAAUUUAAAACUAAGAGGAGGUAACAAGUUCUGCAUGAUCUUUUCAUU